AUGACUGAUAAAGGAAGCUCAGGAUUAGUGAAUGGCGCAUGGUCCAGUUGGAGUCCUUGGUCCACAUGUGACCGUUCCUGUGGGGGAGGAAAGGCACUUCGGAUUCGGGCUUGUACUGACCCACCCCCUAAGAAUGGGGGGCGUCCAUGUCCGGGAGAUCGGUUUGAAGUGAUGCUGUGUAAUAUGCAACUGUGUGGAACUGGUUCCUGUCCCCCUGCAAUGCAGUGGUCUGAUUGUGCCAAUCAAUGCCCACGUUCCUGUGUUGAUCUGCAGGCUGGAAUAGCAUGUGCUGAUGUGGAAAGGUGUGAAAUCGGCUGUCGGUGCCCUGAUGGUUAUCUUGAGCAGGAUGGUAUAUGUGUCGCUCCUUGGCAGUGUCAGUGUACUGAUAUACUUGGACAAACCUGGGCACCAGGGAGCAUACAACAGAGCGACUGUAACAACUGCACAUGUACCGAAGGGCAGAUCUUUUGUUCAAACUACACCUGUCCGACCAGUGACUGUUCUUGGAGUCAAUGGUCCAUGUGGUCCCAGUGCAGCAUCACCUGUGGCACUGGUCUCCGAACUCGGUUCAGAACCUCAACUUCAGGGUCACCAGACAGGAAGUGUCAACAGGAACAGGCUCAGACUAAACCAUGUGACCAAGGCCCAUGUCCAAUACUGUGCCUCCAUGACCAGCAGGAGAUGAGACUUGGCGAGAGCUGGUUUGUGGGUGAAUGCAAACAGUGCCUGUGUACCCCUGAAGGAAUCUAUUGCCAACCCCUGGAUUGUAAAGUGAAUGGAGGAUGGACACCUUGGUCACCUUGGUCAGAUUGUCCAGUUACCUGCGACCUGGGGUCACAGACUCGUACGAGAGCAUGUAUCAAUCCUCCACCUCGGAAUAUGGGCUCAGAAUGUGAAGGGGUCAGCAUUGAAACUCAAAACUGCACCAACCCAUCCUGCCCAGGAGACAGCUGCCAAUGGUCAGUAUGGAGCCCAUGCUCACAUACCUGUGGGACAGGAUACAGGAGCAGAAGCUGUUCAGAGGCACAUGAAGAACGGAAGAUAUUGGAACCCUGCUACACACAGCCAUGUCCAGUGGACUGUGAGUUUGGCCUUUGGACUGAGUGGACAGACUGUUCCUGUGUUUCUCCAGUGCAGCAUCGAUAUCGUGCAGCUCACGGACCCCUGUUUGGGGGGAAGCAUUGCCAAGGGCAAGAGAUGGAAUUCAGGAUGUGUAACCAGACUGAGUGUACAGAUGCCAGCUGUGAAAGUCCAUUCGAGUACAGAGCCUGUGGACCACCAUGUGAUGGUCACUGCUCCAAUCUCAGCAACAGAAAAGAAUGUCAGGUCAAGGGACAGGAUUGUGUGACUGGGUGUUUCUGCCCUGAGGGUUUAUUGGAGCAGGACAAUAAGUGCAUCACUCGCUCUGAGUGUGACUGUGUUCACAUUCACAAAUCAGAUAUCUUGAAGACCCCAAUGGCCACACGGAUACGACAGGGUGACAGCAUUCUGAUUGGCUGUGAAACCUGCAUCUGCAGAGAGGGAACGCUGCAUUGCACCAACGACAGCUGCAAAGAGGCUGUUACGCUCACUCAGUGGUCAGCCUGGACCGGCUGUGUUUCCUGUCUGCCCCGAUCGUUCCUGAAUAUGGUGUCCCUGCAUCUACUCCGAGGUCAGCAGGUCGACAGCCAGCACCUCAGUGCACUCCCUGAGACCGCUCGGUAUUUACUGAAGGAAGUUCGUUACCGUGUUUGCGUAGCGCUGGGAUCAGGUCAGCCUGUCUCUGCAGAUCUCUGCAAUGGAACCUUGGUGGAGGACCGUGAAUGUACAAAUCUCACAAUAUGUGACGAUGACUGUUCUUGGGGUUCCUGGGGUGCGUGGAGUCCCUGCCGGGAGCCCUGCAGUGGAGGCUUUCGCAUCAGAGAACGUACCCUCACCCACCCCCAGGAUACUGCCAACUGUCAAGGCCCCAAAUUCCAGUCAGAAAGUUGUAACACUGCCAUGUGUCCAGGAGAGGUCUGUGAAGACAGAGGGAAAGAGUUUGUGUCGUGUGCAAAUCACUGUCCAAGGACCUGUACCGACUUGUGGGAUCACGUGGAGUGUCUCCAGGGAGGAUGCAAGCCUGGUUGUCGGUGUCCCAGAGGUCAUUUGCUUCAGGAUUCACAGUGUGUACCUGUGUCAGAGUGUCGAUGUGGAUCACCCAGCUCAAAACACACUAUGGAAUAUCAACCAGGAGACAGUAUCUCAACCCCCUGUGGCAACUGUAAGUGUGUGAAUGGGAUAUUUAACUGCAGUGAAUUGCAGUGUAUGGAGCUGAGCAGCUGGUCCACAUGGAGUGAGUGUUCCACCACCUGUGGGCCUGGGCAACGGAGCCGCAGUCGAAGCUGUGGAGAGCCAGGAGAAAGUCUACCCUGCCAGGAAGAGAUGAAGCAAACAGAGGAGUGCAACCAGAUGCCCUGUUCAGGUUGUCCACAAAACCAGACCUUCAGUAAAUGCGCGAAUAUUUGCCCACAUAGCUGCUCAGACCUUCGGUCUGAAACAGAGUGUCAGCAGGAUGCCUGUGAGCCUGGAUGCCUUUGCCCACUGGGGCAGCUCCUACAGGAUGGGAUUUGUGUAUCUCCUGAGGAAUGUCACUGCUCUUUACUGAGCUCCACAAUGCCCUGGAUCACCAAUAUCUCAAAGGAGGGUCAACACAGGAAUUACACAGCAGGAACUAUAAUACGUCACCGGUGCAGCACAUGUGUUUGUCAGAGGGGACUUUUCCAUUGUUCCGAAUCAGAUUGCGAAGAAUGUCCUGAUGGUGAAAUUUGGAAUCAAGGGACAGCGGAUUAUCUGAGCUGUGAGCGAUCAUGUCAGGACGUUUACUCUGUGACUGCACCAAGCUGUCGUUUUGACGAGAGAGGCUGUGUGUGUGAGGUUGGGAAAUACAGGAACAGCUCAGGACACUGUGUCACUGCAGCUUAUUGCGAGUGUAUCGUCAAAGAUCACAUCUACCCGCCAGGCUUCAAAUGGGAAGAAGGUUGUGAGCGGUGCCAAUGCCUGAAUGGAAGAAAGGUCUGUUCUUCUGAAUGUCCACCACUUACCUGCCUGGAGGGUUAUGUAAAAGUUGAGGAACUUGGAAAAUGCUGUCCAGUCUGCAGGAAGGAAGUUCCUGAUAUCUCUCCGAAGUGCCAACAUUUCACCGAAAUUCGGAACAUAUCCAAGGGCCAGUGCCAUCUGACAAAUGUGGCAGUCAGUUCCUGCAGGGGAAGCUGUCUAUCCCAAGUUCACGUCAUUCCAGAGGAGCCUUACCUGCAGAGUGUCUGUGAUUGCUGCAGUUAUCGGCUUGACCCUGAACGGCCAGUACAGUUCAUGAAUUUGCAAUGUGACAAUGGAGAUGUGGAGCCUAUUGUUCUGCCCGUAAUUCUCAGCUGUGAAUGCAGCAGCUGUCAGGGUGGAGAUCUUUCUGGGCGUUGAUCUUUUCUGGGGACUGACCUAUGAUCCUGAUGACUGGUGGGAAACUCAAACUUAUUAACCAUGAGCGAGAUUUCUUUCUGAAAGUAAAUCUGAAGAACUGCAAGCACCAUAUGGAUUUACACCUAAAUAGAUUUUUUUGUAUUGAGUGAAAUAUUUGUUAUU